ACCAAAAGCAUAACAUAGUACUACAUGGAAGAAAACAACGAUCGAACUCCGAGCAAUGACAACGGUCAAGCGACGACGGAUUCGACUCUUUUCGAGCAUCUGAGGGGCAGAAGAUGGGAACCGUAUGAUUCCGACAGGAUUUGUUAUAGAAUGGUAAGAGCAAUACUCCAAUUACAAAGGAGCAUCCAAGAAGAUUCAGGAAACACAAACCUGACAAGAGAAGAUUUCGACGAGGCUUCUUAUUUUGCGGUCGAGCAAGAUAUCGUAUAUCUUAGAAACAGUGGCACUGAUUUGACGCCGGAAAAUGAAGAUGCCCUGUUCUAUGAGAUAUUAGGUUUCGUAGAGACGCGUGUUUCCGGUGUGAUUGAGAAUCUAAUCGAGGAGCUGAAUUUAACUGUCGAAGAAUAUUCUCAUCAGCAUAACGAUGGUUUGUCCGACGAAGCUAUUGACGGAUAUCUGAAGAAGAGGAAUUUAUCCGGCGCAGCGGCGGUGCUUGAUGAAGAAGUGUUGUGCAUUGUGUGUAGAGAUGAUUUUAAGGAAGAAGUCGAGACGAAGGAGAUUGCACGGCUUGAAUGCGGGCACGAGUAUCACGUUGACUGCAUAAAGAAGUGGCUUCGACUCAACAAUACUUGUCCGCUCUGCAGAGCUAUAUGUGUGAGUUAGUAAAGACUAGUAAAACAACUAGCAUUUGU